AUAAUUUUACCACAACAAGAUAUAGUUAUUUUUCCAAAAAGGAGAAUCAGAAAUAUUAUGGUUGCAAUCCAAAAUGAUUAGGAGUGCGGAUUUAGGUUUGGCUGAGGCCGUUGCUUUCCCCAGGUUAUUGACGCCACCAUUUCACUCAGGGUUAACGCUGGUCGUCCAUUUCCCCGCGCUCUCUGGGCGCCCGGGACACGGACGUCGGCCUGCAUGGAGCUCGAGGAUGAAAGCUCCGUUUCCAGGGAUAAAACGGCGGCAAAGACCGCCCGCCUCGACAUGAGCCACGGCUUUGUCCACCACAUCCGCCGCAACCAGAUCGCCAGAGAUGACUAUGACAAGGAAGUGAGACAGGCAAAAGAAAGGCAGAAGAAGAGGCAGACUCCUGCUCCAGUCCGUCCACGUAAGCCAGACCUGCAGGUGUACCAUCCACGCAGGAGAAAUGGAGCAGAGAAUUUCUCUGGCUUUGACUGUGAGGAGUCAAACGAAAGCAGCUCAAGCACCGAUCCAGAGCCACAGAAUACCACAAGAGAGUCACAGAACACUGAGCUAUUCUGCUUGGAUUACCAAGCAGAUGAUAAAAUUGUUACAUCGGUCAUAAUUCAUCAGGGUGAUGACCCCAAGAAAGUGGCAGAAAAAAUUGGGUCUAAGAAUAGCUUGGAGCCUUUGAUGAAAGAAGCAUUGAGGCUAAGAAUCCAGGAGGAAAUUGAAAAGAGGAUCUCAAAGCGUUGAGUCCAACUGCAAUUUCAUUGGGCGAUCCAAUCUUGUUUUUGUUUUGUUGUUUUUCUUCAUUUCUAGAUGGUUAAUGAAGUGUGGAGAGGUUUGAGGCCUCAGGGCCAUGCGAGUUCUUGCAGGGACGAAAUGGGUCAAGAAAGAGGGAAAGAAAGCUGCAAAGAGUGGUGGUCAUGGAUAGAAUUUCUGAAGGAGGCAACAGAAGUCACUUAACUGCCAAAUACAUGGGAGCUUCAGCUAUGCGUUGUACAAGCUCCACAAUUCAUGGUGCACAAUGUCAGAAGAAUAUGAACAGGUUGAUACAAUAUCAUCUUAGAAAUUAAUUACCAAAACAAAAGUAUUCCUUUUUUGGCAAGUAUUUUAACAAACCUUUGAGGAAAAAGGAUGUGAUAGGAUCCUUGCCUAGUGCCAGUAUUCCCAACUCCAGAAAGAAGGUGCUAACAGGAAUUCCAAGAGUUAUCCUAUUCUUCAGUUCGGUACAGUUUCAGAAAGUAGAACCCAACAUGGCUUCAGCCAUGGUACUUUUCCAAGGAACAAAGAAACUGUCAUCCUGAAUGACGUGUAGAAACUACAGAAUAAGGAUCGCCUCUGUGGGUAUGGUUAAAUCCAGUCACCAGUGUUGAAUAACUCUGUAGAGUUGUUCCGUUUUUUUUUGGCAGAGAUUUAUUAAAUUUUUUGAUAGGGUUUCAAAAUUUAUGCAAUGAGACAACAGCUUUCCGGAAAUGAGCUGCCCUUACUUAUGAAGAGAUUGCUUCUCAUCAUUCUGUACCAAUCCUAGCAGGUAGUCUGAGAGUUACCAGGAGCCAGCAAGGGGAUGGUUAGCAGCAGCUGGGAGAGAGCUGGUGGCAACAUCUUAGAAAAUGAUGGCAGCAAGGGUGAUUUAUAGGUACAGAAAUGGAAAUGAUAAGAGGGUCAAGGAUAAAAUUUCCUGUGAAGGAGGUACAUCUGAAUUAUGGGCAGAGCUACCGUUUAAUUUUUCUUGCAAGAUUAAUGGGUCUUAUCCAGUUUCUGGACAACUUGGGAUGUCCAUCUCCAUGUAACCGAGCUCACAAUACCAAGCAUAACAACAUGGAGAUGGACUCUGACUAUUAUCAAUCCUCGCAUCUAAAAAAUGUGGAAGAGAAUAGAGUUUCUUAAAUUCAUAUUGUACCAGUGUUUGCGGUGAUGAGAAACAUACAACAAUUUCUCAAAAGUUAAAAUGGAAUGAAUGCUAAUUGAUGCAGAAGUGAAUAGUUUCUCCCUUCCCCAGAUGGUCCAGAAGAUAGAUGCAGCAUUUGCCUUGGUUCUGAGCCACACAGGGAAAGUCCAAGAUAAUCCCAGCUGCAGUUGACUAGGGAGCUGUGAUUGACUGCAACCACACUUCCUGCUCCCGAUUGCUAUCCUUGGCUCCUCCCCACUACCCCAGCCAAGAGUGGUCAACUACACACGAACUUUCCCAAUCUUGCUUGGUACAGUGUUUCAACAGGCAAUGUACUUAACCCAACAGGAACUUAUUUUGUUUGUAGAAGGCACAUAGCAUCAGAUUCAUCUACUCUCCUGUCUAGCUUCUGUCAUAAAGUAAAGCAUGUGGUUUCAAACAUUUUAAAAUGUUGCAUCCAUCUUUGGGCAGAAUGGGUGAUAGAAUGGAAAAAAAACACAAUUUUUAAAAUUGUCUUGAAACUGUGUUGAUGUUAUUGGCCGAGUUGCUAUUCUUUGAUCACACUUCCCUGUAGUACAACAUUUCAAAAUUACUUCAAUGAUUGUGAACUGCUUUGAAGUGUCCUAAAUUGGUGAAACUUUCUAAGUACUAUCUUCUGCCUUGAUUGAGAUUUCAAAGGGUUUGUUGAACAUUUUAAUUUUUUUAAAAAAAUUAGUUAAGAUUGCUUUUAUUCUCAAGUCUACAUAAAAACCAUUCUGUACAAAAUUGGUUUCCUGUUCAUUGUUUACCCACUCUGUGUACGUCAA